AUGAGCUCUCCACAGCCUGAGACUGGCUUGACGUUAGCUGGCCGCUACUUGGUGCCAUUCGUACUGCUUUCUCUGCUGCUAUGGAGGAAGCUCGUAAACGAUGUUGUGCAAGAACCCUACCUUGAUGAGGUAUUUCACGUUGGUCAAGCGCAGGCUUACUGGGGAAACGAUUGGUUCCACUGGGACCCAAAAAUAACCACACCACCAGGACUAUAUGUAUGGUCGUACAUCCUAUGCGCUGGUCUCUUGUUGCUCCAAGGAUCUCCGAAAGAAGUCGGCGUUACUGAACUUCGCUCUACGAAUCUUGCCGCUGCCGGGUUCAUACUGCCAUGGCGGAUUCAGACGCUGUUGGAUUUACUGCGAAAAGAACGCAAUACCCGGGCCUCAGGGGCCUGGCUGAGUCAUACCGUACUGAAUAUUUGCUUGUUUCCGCCUUUAUUCUUCUUCUCAGGUCUCUAUUAUACCGACCUGCUUGCCGUGCUAGUUGUCAUUGAGGCAUACAUAUGGGAUACGAAAAGAUCAGAUUCCAACGGCCUGAAGAAGACAGUGGGUGGUGCCUUACGUGGUCAUGCCUCCCUCCAGACCUUUACUUUCCUCGCAAUUGGAUGCAUAGCACUUGUGUUCAGACAGACCAAUAUCUUCUGGGUAUCUGUCUUUAUGGGGGGACUUGAAGUGGUUCGCACCAUUCGACAGAACACAAAAUCCUGCGAGAACACCGGGCCGCUUGAUAUCAUAUCAAAGAGCUUUCAGGCAGAAUUAUACGAUCCACUAGUGGCUGAAGCAAGUCUUUUCGACUAUUUCAAGACUAGCUUGUCCCUGGCAUGUGCUGCGUUGAGCCAGUUACCUCUCAUAGUAGCUUCAAUUAUCCCACAUCUCAUCAUCCUAGCAGCAUUCGGCGCGUUCGUUUUGUGGAAUGGUAGCGUUGUCUUAGGACACAAAGAGUUUCACACCGCCAGCAUCCAUAUCCCUCAGAUGCUAUACAUCUGGCCAUAUUUCAUCUUUUUCUCGUGGCCUCUGAUUCUGAUAGCCGUCAUAAACGUUAUUAUCCCGCGGCGUUUCCUUCCAAAAGUUUUUGAUUACCGACUAUCCAAUCAUCGCAGGUUUCCUGGAAUCCUCACAGCUCUAGCUGUCACCCCCUUGAUGCUGGCGGCCGUACAUUUCAACACCAUUGUACACCCUUUUACCCUCGCUGACAAUCGUCAUUAUGUUUUCUAUGUUUUCCGGCUCUUGACUAGACACCACCCUGCUGUCAAGUACGCCAUUGUCCCCAUCUAUUUCCUGUGUGCAUGGGCUGUCCUUGCUUCUUUCGGGUUCUUCUCUACACCUGCACCCAAAGUCAAAUUUGCUCCAUUGCCAACCGAACAAGACACAGCCCCUGCCCAGCUCGAAUCUGAGAAACUAAGCAAAAGGAAAGAAAAAGAAGCAAAAAGACAGCAAAAGAAGCAAGCCUCAAAGCAACAGCCCACCACGAAAAAGACCACCAAAUCUAUAACUGCCAAAGAAAAAGAGCAACAACAACAACAACCAACCCAGGUACUCACACCCGAGCUCCUAGCCAAGAUUCAAGCCCAUGUUCUUCAGCGUCAACAACAGCGUGAUCAAGAGCAAAUCCGCGUCAGUUUUGUUCUUAUCUGGCUGGCCGCUACCACGCUUUCACUCAUCACGGCUCCUCUCGUCGAACCGAGAUAUUUCAUUAUCCCAUGGGUAUUAUGGAGAGUACAUCUUCCGCGUCAGCAGACUCCAGAAGUAUUCCGGCGACAGCAGCAGCAGUCCGAAUCAUCUGGCGUAGAGCCAUUCAAGGCACAGAUUUUCACUGCAUUGCCUCAGAUUAUGGAAACGGUUUGGUUCUUGAUCAUUAAUGCCGUGACCGGGUAUGCGUUCUUGUAUAAGGGGUUUGAAUGGCCACAGGAGCCAGGGAUGGUUCAAAGGUUUAUGUGGUAG